UGCCUUCCGGACAAUCACACCUCCCGCGCUCACGCAACCUCCCCGACUGCCAUGGCGACCUCACGCCGCCACGCGCAUGCACUCGCGUAUAUAUGCGUACUGGCGCGGCCUGUGCAUCUACUGCAUCACCAUCCAUCUGAUCAGGCUCUCAAAAGCAAAGAAAGAUCCGAGAAUCAAUUAUGGACUGCGCCGACCGGACGGUGCGGCUGACCAUCGAGGCGCAGCCGAGCGACCCGGCGGCACCGGGGUUCGUGGCGACGCCGUUCGAGCCGCAGCCGUCGGACUCGCCCCCGCGGCCGAGUGUCGCGGACGAGAGCGAGGCGUCGUGCAGCAUGCGGCGGGUGGAUGACGCUGCGGGCGGCUUGGUGGCGGCGGCGGGGCCCGAGCGGCAGCUGACGCUGCUGGCGCUUCGGUUGGCGGUGCUGGAGAAGGCGGCGAGCGGGCUGGGCGCGCUCGGCUUCAUCUGGGCCACCGUCGUGCUGCUGGGGGGGUUUGCCAUCACGCUCGAGCGGGUCGACUUCUGGUCAGUCACCGUCAUCCUCCUCAUCGAGGGCGCCCGGAUAUUCAGCCGCAGCCACGAGCUGGAGUGGCAGCACCAGGCCACGUGGUCGCUCGCCGCCGCGGGGAGGUCCAGCUUCCGCCUCGUCGCGCGCUCUUUCCGCUUCGUCUUCCGCCUCGACGGCGCCGGCGCGAAAACGGCCAGCAGGCGGAGAGCCUGGCCGUGGACCGGAUGGAGCUGGAGCUUCCUGUCCGGGCACGUCGGGCGGGUGUUCUACUGGCUGCAGCUGGCGUCGGCGACGGCGUGCGUGGGGCUGUCGGCGGUGCGGCUCGCCAGGCAGGACUUCGGGGACGCGGUGGACGCGCGCACGAACCGGCGGUCGGCGCUCGACAUCUUCUACGGGCUGGCGCUAGCGGAGGCGCUGCUGUUCCUGGCGGAGAAGGCGGCGUGGGAGUGGGAGGUCAGCCACGGCCGCCUGCUGGAGCGCGUCGCCGACGAAUGCCGCCUCGCCGGAGCGCCGGGGCUCGUCGCCAUCCGCCGAUUCUUCUACGACGCGUACUCGCGGUGCAUCGAGGGGAGCAUCUUCGAGGGACUCCGCAUGGACCUGGUGUCCUUCGCCGAGGAGCUCAUCGUCAGGGGCUCCCACGACGAGCAGCGCAUCGGCGUGGGCAUCCUCGUCAACGUCUCGGCGAGUCCGCGGCUCGGAGACGACGCGCUGCGCCGGGUCGGCACGUCGCCCGCCGUCGUCGAGCGGCUGGUAGAGAUGCUCAGCUGGAAGGGUACCAACGAGGCCGGCGUGCGAACGUCCGCGGCGCUCGUCGUUUCCAAGCUCGCCAGCAAGAAGCGCAACGCGCUCCGCGUCGCCGGCGUCCCCGGCGCCAUAGAGUCGGUGUCGUCCCUGCUCUACGCCGCCGAUGAGGAGUACAACCUCCUCGGCCUGCUCAUCAUCAAGAAGCUCGCGCGAGACCACGACAACUGCAGCAAGAUUGGCAACGCCCGUGGCCUUCUCGACAAGAUCAUCGACUUAUCCGUCAUCGGCGGCGCGUCUCCGUCGUCGCCGCCGGCCACUAAACCCACCGCGACCACAGCCACGCUCAUCACCCCCUCGCGCGCCAAGGCCGUGCAACGGUCACUUCAGGUGAUCAAGAUGCUGACCGACACAACGGGUAGCACCGGGAAGCAGCUCCGACGGGAGGUCGCGGAGAUCGUGUUCACGGUCAGCAACAUCCGCGCCGUGCUCCAGCACGCGUCGGGGCACCUCGAACUGCGGCGGCUCGGCGCCGAGGUGCUGACGCGGCUCGCCAUGGACACGGACGCGCGCGAGAGGAUCGGGGGCACCGGCGGCGUGGUCAGCAUUCUCCUCGACAUGUUCCUCCAGCCCGGGGCCACCGACGAGGCCGACGCCGCACGCGUCGAGGCAGGCGAGGCGCUCGCCAUGCUGGCCCUCGAGAGCCCCCGCAACUGUGAUCGCAUACUCAAGGCCAGAGCCCCCGCCACCGCCACCACCACCGUCGACCGCCUCGUCGACGCGCUCAGCGACGCUGUCGUCGGCGUAGGCGCGGCCAGGAUCCUCACUAACCUCUGCGCGUAUACCGGCGGCCACAGCCAGUUGUACCCGCCGCUCCGCGCCGCGACGCGCGGCGCGGCCGCGGCGCUCCGCAGCGUCACCACGGCCAACAGGUCAAAGCCGCUCGAGGUGUCGCUGGGUCUCGCUGCCCAGUUAGUGAGGCUCAUGGGCCCGCACGAGCUGGCCCACCACCUGGUCAGCGCGGGCGUCAGCGAGGCGGACCUGGUCAACCGUCUGGUCAGCGUGCUGGCGAUGUACACCUGCCCUUCGAUCAAGGCGCCGCGGAUCCGACGGUUCGUGGUGGAGCUCGUCAUCGGAAUGCUGAGGACGCCACCCUCGCCGGCGGUCCCCGAGCUGAUGGUGGCGGCGGGGAUGGGUGCCGAGCUGCAGCGCGUGGUGGAGACGACGUCGGAGCUGGAAUGCUUCCACGUGUUCUCCGGCAGCGCCGGGCUGAGCCGGCACGCCGUCGGCCUCGCCGCGCUCGUCGACACGGCGCUCGAGCUCAUGGGCGCCGCCGUAGCCCAGCCCCACGUGUGAACGAGCACGUGACAAGUGUGUUGCUGUUGCGUACGGGCAAGAGUAGAGCUGCUGAGCAAUUUGUUGAGCGCGUAUAUAUAUAUAUAUAUAUAUAUAUAUAUAUA